AUGAUAAGUGACCUUGAAAGAGGAAUGGGAGCGAUUCAAAACGCUGGCGAUUUUCUCUUCAGAUUGAAUGUCUACGAGAAUUCCAGUUAUCUGACCAGAUACCCAUUUCAAUCCUUUCCUCUGCCGAAAUCACUCAACGAACGCGUCUUUCUCGGUGCAGAGGUGAUCACUCAAAUGCAUUAUUUUUACAUUUUCACGAAGAGUUGCUGGUCGGCUCCUUCUGUCGACCCUAACAACACUGUUUCCUAUCCAAUGAUGUACAACGGCUGUCCCGCGGAUUCCUUUACUUUUCUUCAACCACGGCUCCACAAGGAAGAUCGCUUCGAAACGAAGACGCUGAGGUUUCCCGGCUCCAACUUCGUCUACAUACAGUGCGAUGUGAUUAUUUGCGACUUGCGAAAAGCUAAUGCUACGGGUUAA